AUGCAGGCUCUGGAGUUCUGUUCUGGACAGGAUGCAUUACCGGUACAUGACCAAGGUUUGAAAACCCAAAGGUCGACACCAAGAUGUACCAACCUGACAUGGUACGAGUACAUCUGUGCUGUGUACGGUAGCUACUGCUGUCAUACAUACGGCGCGCCUCCUUUGCUGACCUCGCUGCGGCCGUCGAUUGUCGAUCCCCCAGGGACACAAUCUCGGCAGCUCACCACUGUCGUGACCGUCACCAACCUGGAUCGCAUGUGGCCGACCUGGCAGCCACCCGUUGCACUGAUGGCAGCAUGGCAGGCAGAAAGCCUGCGAAGCCUCGUCGCCGUGCCUUGGGGCACGAAUGCAAAUCGCCCCGUGCUCUCCCCAGUCUUUCCAACUGCCGGUGCUGAGAGAGAGAGAGAGCUGAGACAGACGAGGACAUCGUCCAGGUUUCAUCUCAACAACAACAACAACAACAACAGCAGUUACGCUCAAGCUGAUCGACCCAUCAUUCGCCCUACCAAAAGGGGCAGCCUGUCGUCUCCUCCCUCUGUCCCUCCCAUAGCCAUCAGCGCAGUCUGGAGACUUGGUAAGCACCGACAGGGCGGCAGUGCAGCAUGGCCAGGACGAUACGAGUGUGCUGUGUGCGACGCCUCGCUCUCUGCUGCCCGUCCACACAACGCCAGACUCGAGUUGCAGGCGGCGAAUAUCGUCAACACUGAGGAGGCUGCAGGUGUGUGCCAGCCUAAUCCUGGAACCAGCUGCAUCUGCGCCGUGGCCGCCUGA